AUGACGGCGGUCAAGCUAAUAAUCACCCGAGGGUGCAUCACCCAAGUCGGGGAUGCCCCACUGAACCUAAUGACACCACCCCGGGACCUAUCAGAACCGGGACCGCGGAGAUCUAAAUGCGGCCUACUGGAGCUGAAGCGGAGGGGAGACGGCCGCUCCCUUUGGUGCAGGAGCCAAAAAGCGAUCUCACCCCAGCACCCACCCCACCCCCCCCCACAGGGCGAACAGACCUGCUGGAAAAACAAGAAAGAUGGAGGUGGAGCAAAGCGGGGAACAAACCCACACAGCCUGUCCAAAAUGGCCACCCAGCCUAUGCCUGAAAUGUGGAGCACCAGCCUCAAGACACACAGGUCCUCAAUGGAAACCUUUGAUUGA